UUUUCCAUUUAUGUACAUACAAUGCACAAAGUUUCCUGGCGGGAUUGAUUUUAAGUUGAUUCAUUUAAUUUUUAAAUAUUUUUUUCCUAUAAAAAUGAAUCGAAUUUUUAAGACCUUGAUCUUGGUACUGUUACUGUCAAGCACAGUAUUUCAUCAAUCCCAAGCUGAAGAAGACUCGUGGGUCUGGUGGGGAAUCAAACAAGCAGCAAAAGGUGCCGUAGCAGUGGGCGUAGGUGCAGGUGCAAUUGCAGCCGCGCCGGUGGUCUUAACCGCCGCAGGAUUUACAGGCGCGGGGAUCGCCGCUGGUUCCAUGGCUGCAGGCUUGCAAGCCACGAUGGGAGGCGUCGUGGCAAGCGGAGGGGCGCUUGCUACACUUCAAAGCGCUGGUGCGGCUGGCAUUGGUUUAGCGACAAAAGCAACGUUAGGAGCUGUGGGUGCAGCGGUUGGAUAUAAAGCCGCUGAAACAGUUGAAGAAAAGGUUAAAAGCAAAUGAACUGCAAAUUUAUGUACAUUUUUUUAUAAUUAAUGACACUUCUUCGAUAAUGAGAAUAAAAAUAGUACUGUAGUUUCGAGCAAGGAUUUCCUAA